AUGGACAAGCUCAUUGACGCUCGUUUCGAUCGUGUCGAGAAGGCCCUGGCCAGUCUCAUCGAGUCGGUCUCCAAAUACCACCCUCACGCGAAGCAGGCAUUGGACCUCCACGAAGCCGACAAUGAUCUUGCCAAAGGCCUCAAUGAAGUACAAACACAUCAGAACAACAAUCUACUCUUGCAGCAGCUCCGCGCGACGACCGCAUCCCUCGAUACCCAGAUCCGCGAGACCCUCCAAAGCCUCGCGACGACACGCAAGGACAUCACCACCACCCAGAUCACCGUCUACCCCGACGGAACCAGGUACCCCAUCAAGUACGACGAGCUCCUGAACUACGCCCGCCGCAUCAGCAAGACCACCCUCCCGCCCGCCGCCCUCACCGCAGGCGUCGUUGCCGCAACGGCCGGAGACACCCCCGCCCCGGACCCGAACGUCAGCAUGACCACCAACCCAAACACCCCGGCCGCCGCCGCCAACGGCCUCCAAAGCCAGCCCGUCAGCGCGGCCCCGACGCCGAGCCAGGCCCAGACCCCGGGCCCCUCGGCCGCGGCCAACAGCAGCAGCCCCCCACAGGACGCCAUCCAGGGGGCCCAGCACCCCGCGAGCAUGAUGAUGACGGCGACGGCGACGGCGACGGCGACGACGACGACGACGAGCGGCGCCACCUCGCUGCCCGACGGCCUGCGGAACCACCUCGACCCGCACUUCAACGCCAGCUUCGUCCCCUGGCCCAACGAGUUCCAGAUCCGCAGCGGCGCCAUGUCCGUCUACCAGGACCUGGCCGACAAGGGGAUCGACCCGCGCGGCUACGACCCGCAGCAGAUCGCCGAGGCGAAGCGCCGCGAGGAGGAGGAGCGCCGGGCCCGCGAGGAGCAGGAGAAGCUCGAGGCCGAGCGCAAGAACAGGGAAUACCAGGAGAAGAUGGACAAGAUCCGCCGCGAGCAGCAGGAGGCCUACCGCCGCGACAGCGUCGCCGCCGGCGCCGGCGCCUCGUCCGCCGGCAAGAGCAAGCAGUUCCAGUUCACCAGUCUCAUGGACGACGACGACGACGACGAGUAG